AUUUGCGCCGCAUGGAAGCCGUGGAUACCUCUGCCGUGAAUACAUAGCCGCUUCACAAUGCUACUGGCCCGACGCGCGCAACAAUGGAGCCAUUCGUGCACCGCUGCGGCCGUCAUGGGACGCCUGCAUCGUCCUGCGCUGCUCCUACGCAUCAGCACGCAGCGGCACCACGCCUCAUCACUCGUCGCCGCGGCGGACCGCGCUCCAUCACUCGUCGCCGCGGUGGACCGCGCGCGCGACGCGGCGCGCUUGAGGCCGCCGCCGCCCGUCGUCGCGCGGUACCUCGCGACGCGCGCGCCCGACGCGUACGCGGUCCUCGGCGUCGCGCGCGGCCUGACGGACCGCGACUACAAGGUCGCCUACCUGCGCAAGGCCAAGGAGUGGCACCCCGACCUCCGCCCCAACGACCCGACCGCCACCAAAAAGUUCCAGGAGCUCUCCGCGGCCUACGACGAGAUCAAGGACUCGGGCGCGCGCGCGGCCUACGACGCGCGCGCGCGCUUCCAGGACACGGAUCCCGGCUACGGCCGGCCGCGCCAGCAGAGCGCGCAGCAGAGCGCGGCGCAGGCGGCGGCGACGUGGGCCGAGGCCUGGGCCGACGCCGGCGCGUUAUUGGAGGCGGCCCAGGCCUGGUGGGAGGAGGAGUACGCCGCGCUCGACGAGGACGUCGAGGAGUUUUCGGCGGCGGUGACGCACCGGCGCCUCGGCGACGCGCUCGACGUCGUCAAGCGGCGGUCGGGGCUCAUCGUGAGCGUCGUCGUGCCCGCGCUCGUGUUGUUAAGGUGGCCCGGCGCGGCGGUCUGGGUGCUGCGGGGCGUCGCGCCGCUCGCGACGGCCGUCAUAGGCAUCGCGGCGCGCGUCGUGCUCCAGAACCCGCGGCUCCUGCCGUUCUUCGUGAACAUCAUCCGCCAGGUCGGGGGCGGGCUCUGGCGGCGGGCCGUGGCCCGCGCGCGGCGGCGCCUCGCGGACCGCGAGCGGCGCGCGCGCCGCGACGAGCAGCGGCGGAAGAAGCAUGCGCAGCAGACGUGGGAGAAGCGGCGGCGCGGCGGUGGGCCGUGAGUUUAAACAUAGUUGUUGUGUCUGAUUCAUCUGUCGUUCCGGCUCGCGUCCGCGUUGUCAGUGGCGCUGAGGCCAACGACGCAUUUUGCUCGCAAGCGUCGCGAGAGGUCGACGGCGCCCGGAGACGGUCCAUGCUCGCUGGGACGCGUCCGGAGAAGGGACGGGGUUCGACGAAUUGGCUGCCUCUGCACAAGGAGGACACGAAAUCAGGCACGGAUUUCGGUGUGCCCGCGCCCCGGAAAAGACGCAGGGCAGCCUCGGUUCGAAGUCCACGCCAAGCCCGAAGCAGCCAUGGCAACCAUGGCCACCACCACCACGACGACGCACCUCACGGCCGGCCUGGAAGACGCCAACCUCGCCUCGAAGAUCCUGAGCCACCAGGUCGCCGCCGACGCCGUGCACAGCCGCGAGCUCGCCGCGCUCCAGUUGAAAUAUGCCACGAAAACGACCGAGCUCGACGCCGCGCACGCGACGCGCGAGGCGCACCGGUCCCAGCACGAGGAGGUGCUCUUCACCAACGACGACUCCGACGAUGUUGUAGGGGACCUGGACGGUCUGAAGGCCCAGUACAACAAAUUGACGCGGGCGACGGCGGCGUCGCGCGCCGCGCACCGGACGCGCGUCGCCGAGGUCCGCGACGCGCAAACUAAGGAAGCGACUGGGCUGCAGCGCGAGCAGACUGCUUUUAAAAAGUCGCUGGCGGACGUCGACGCGACCUACGACGCUUCUGUAAAAACGCUCGAGACCCAAUUACUACUGCUAUUAAGGUCCAAGCUCGAGGCGGCGUCGAAGCAGGAACUCGACGCGAAAAAGCGCCUCAUCGACGAGGCCCGAUCGAAGCGGGACUUGUUAAAGGGGGACCAGUCGAACUUAACGAUCGACCUCGAAGGGUUAGAACGGCGCCUCGAGGACCAGCGGACGCGGCACGCGGCCGAGGUCGCGGCGGCGGCGCGCGACGCCCUCGCCCAGGCCCAGGCCGAGCUCGCGCGGCAGCUCAAAGCCAAGAAUGAAGCGGGCGACCGCGCGAAGAAAACGCUCCAGGACGAGAUCGAGGCGCUGCUGAAGGCGUUGGCCGACGCGAAGAAGAGACAUGACCGCGCUUUGAAGGACGCGAAGAAGCAGCACGACGCCGAUAUGAAGCGGCGGCGCGAGACGCACGCGCACGAAUUGAGAAUGGCGAGCGACGGCCGCGAGGCCGCGGCUGAUGGGGAGGUGGACGCCCUCGAGGCCGACGCCCGAAUUAAGAGAGAGCAGCAGGCGCGAGACCUGGCGUCGUUAAGAGAUGCGAUGGCGCGCCUCGAGAAGAUCAUCAAGGACGCGACAAACGCAGCAAAAAAACUAGACAAGGAGGCUCCCAAAAAUCGAGCGGCCCUGGAGCAGCGCCGCGACAAGGAUCUGGAAAAACUGCAGGCUGAAAGGAAGAAAGCUUUAGAGAAGCGAAGGAAGCGGCGCGCGCGUGAAAUGGAAGAGGCCGUCCUGGACGCGACGGAGCGCGCGCGGCGCGAGGGCCGCGAAGCCUGCGAUAGAUUAGUGGCGGAGGACGAUUCGGCGCGCCGCUUGGACGACGAGGCGGAGCGACUACGACGGUUGUUGGCUGAAGCCAAUAAACGCGCCGAGGCCGCGCUGCAGAACAAGAAAAAUAGGUUGGCGGCCCUGGAAAAGGAUCACCGGCGGGCCAUGGCUGCCGUCGUCGUGGACCACGGCGAGGAGCCCGUCCAGGCUUCCGUAAGAGACGACCUCACGGACGCGCGGGCCAUGGCCCAGGCGCGGCGGGCCGAGCUCGUGCUGAGCGACAAGCGCGCGGCGGCCGACGAAUUACGGACGGACUGCGCGUCCUACGCCGACGCGCUGGCGGCGCUGCAGCGCGCCUUGGGCGCGGAGCGCGCCGCGCACGGCGCGUCCGUGCGGCGGCAGCAGGCCGAGCUCGACGCGAAGGAGUCGGAGCUCGCGUUGCUGCGCGCGGAGGCGGGCGACGACCUGCGCCACGCCGACGAGGGCGCCAAGCUGCUCGACGCGCACGACAUGAAGGGAGACGAGACCGUCAUGGCCGAGUGGCGCACGCUCGUCCAGGCCGAGAAGGAGAAGUCGAACCACGCGACGGUGCGCGGGCCCGCCGGGGACUACGUCCACAGCAAGCGGUGGGACGCGUGAGUAACUUCUUCUAGCGGCCCUUUAGGCCGUCUACGCGGCGGCGACGGCGAGCGCCCCGAGGGCGAGUAGGGCGAUGCCGGCGCGCGGCGCCGCGGCGUCGCUCCCGCCCCCGCUCCCGCACUGGCCCUCGUCGUUCAUCUGGUAACACGUCCUUCCGUUGACCGAUACUUUGCCGACGCCGGGCAUGCCCUCGCAGCACCAGGCGUCGGAAUAGCAGCAGGCGCCGUCGCUGCACCGGUUUUGUUCAGGCGUGCACGGACCGCCGUCGAAGCUGUGGCCGUCGAUCGUGACGGUCGAGUCGUUCGCGGCCGCCGACGCGAGCGCGAGCGCGAAGAUGGUUUUGACGAGGCGAGCCAUUGCGGAAGACCUGCGCGAGACGGAGAAUCCUUGAUAUGAGGAGAAUCCGUGCUGAUAUGAGGCGGCGCGCGCGCGUAAACCCUGGGCAAAAAACAGUCCUGCAGCAAAAUAGCGAAAAUCGUUGCGGAUCGAUGGCGAUUUCGACGGGCCGAGGUGCCGCCUGGUUGUGCCCCAGUCUAGACUAUAUUUUUUUGGUCCACACGCCGCGUACGAUACUUUCCAGCUUGCUCCUCAGGUCUCUACUUUCCAGAGUGCGGGUUUCCUUGCGCAGCACAAGUAUCUGAAGCCCCCAAAACGUAAUAAAGAAACAUGCCUAGGACCGAUACGGCUACCCGGAUGGUAACGCUCUAGCCUCGUCUCCCAGCUGCAGCGCCAAGAGGCGCGCCCCUCUCGCACGGCGCACGGCACACAAGCUACAAAGGCUGGGCACCGAGAAGCACGGCAACCAUGUCGACCUGGGGCUGCCACGCGGCCAUGCUCCGCACGCUGGAACGGCAGCCCCCCGCGGAUGAAGCUCUAGUGGGCCCCCAGGCGUCGGUCGUAAGGCGCAAGAAGCUCUCGCGGACGAGCCAGCUCCUCACGUCCGGGUUAUUGGACUCGGCCCUCGACGAGGUCCAGCCCCUGCGCAAGAUGAAGCGCGCCUUGGCGGAUGAAAGAGCGAGGCGCCGGCGGCACGAGGUCGCGCAGCGCGAGCCGACGAUUUUUGAUGCGUUCGCCAUUCAUGAAGGUGUCGAGGAUCUGGUCAUCGAGUCGGACCCGCCGGGACUCAAGACGACGCGGUGGCUCGAAGCUCCGGACGCGAAGGCUCUGAGGGAGAACAAAGAUGCGGCUCUGGAAAGAGCAAUACAAAAACUGGAAAAGGCGGCCGUCUUCUUCGCGCGCGGGUCCGGUUUUGAUGGGUGGUCGGGACCGAAGGGUUUACUCAAGCCGUCGGCGGCUUUUGUUGCGUUCGAAGGCGCUGAGUUCUUGAAAACAGACGUGAAACGUAGAAUAAGGAUCUCGACGAACUGCCACCUGACGACGUCGGAGGCGAACGCCUUCGCGGACCACUUUGAAAUUGAUGAAAAAUACUUUGAUGGUCCAAAGUUUGUCCAGUGGUUCUUCGCGCAAGGCUAUCGGCUGCGCAUGGUCGAGCUGAAUAGGUUACAAGCUGUAGCUGAAAAAGAGCGCCAGGAGGCCGUUGAAAAAUUCAACCGGAGUUCCUCUGAAGACCUGAGAGAAAGAUAUAAAGUUGUCACUGCGCCGUUUACCGCAGAAGAUGAAGCAUCUGCGAGGAAGAAGUUGCGGGAGGCGGCGUCGAACCGGGGGUUGGUCGGCGACGUGGCGGCUCGCCGAUCCUUCGGCGGGACGAUGACGCCCGCAGAAUUAAGGGACCAGCUGAAAAAGUCCUACAAAUUGAGCAUGACCCCCCAGGAGAUGGGCGCCGUGUUUUCAGCGUUUGACAAGUCCGCAAGGACGGGCGCCGAGGGCGGCGACGGCUGUAUUGAUUCCACCGAAUUCACGUACGGCUGGGCGACGUUUAUGGAGGACGCGCGGAACGUCGAGCGUGCCGCGAACGAGAAGGCCCUGUCAUUGCGAAAGGUUUUACAUGAACCGCCGGCCAUGGACACGCUGGAGGAAGGUAGUGUCGAUCUGAAGGCGUCCUUCGUCGCGUUGCACGACGGCGCCGCGCCCAAGAGGGACGCCGUGCGCUUGUCCUUUCGGGGAGGGUACAGGCCGUCGAAGCAUCGCGGUAAAGACAGCUACUCCAUGGUGCGGGAGCGGAAAGCAAGGGAGGAGCUCGGGCUCGAUGCUCUGGAGGUGCCGCACGUCCAGCGGCGGCCGUCUUCCUUGGUGCUGUCGCCGUGCGUCAAGCCGCGGCCGUUGGUGCGACCUCGAUCUAUCCUGAAAGAACAAACAACGCCGACGCGCGGCCGCCUCGCGACGAACGCCAUCGCGCCGCGCCGGACCUCAACUUUUCGGCGGCCAACCACCUCAGAGCUCGAGGCGACGGCCACGCCGAAGACGGGCCGGCGGCGCCUUUCCAGUAGUUCGGACGCCGUCGGCUUUCAUGGAGGCAACCUCGACCUGCCCGUGGACCGCACCGUCGGCGCGCGGCGCCAGGUCACGAUCCACCGCCCAAAAACGCCCUUCGACUCGCGCGCGAACGAGGCGCUCCUCAGCCCGGCCCGGCCCGACUGA